AUGGAUACGUGCAAGCCUGCGACUAUCCUUGUAGACACUCAGAGUAAAUUAGGUAGCAUUCUAGAUUCAUUAUUCAAUAACCCUACCACAUACAGAAGUAUCGCAGGCGCAAUGCAAUAUUUAACUUUCACCAGGCCUGACAUUGCAUACGCGGUUCAGAAGAAACGUAUGCAUAUGCACUCUCCUUGUCUAGCUCACUGGAAUGCCCUCAAGCGCAUUAUACGGUAUCUACAGGGCACUGCUGACUAUGGUCUUCACCUUACCUCCUCUUCUGCGCUCUCCAUCCGCGCAUAUACUGAUUCUGACUGGGCUGGUUACCCUAACACCCGACGCUCUACAUCUGGCUACUGUGUUUACCUCGGCGAUAACCUAGUAUCCUGGUCCUCUAAGAGACAGUCUACCAUUUCCCGUUUCAGUGUAGAAUCCGAAUACCGCGAUAUCACAAAUGUUGGUUGCCGAAAUAUGUUGGCUGCGAAAUCUCCUCCUUGA